AUGGCCAACACUAAGGAGAAAGACGAAAUUCGCGAUCAGAUCGCCAGGGAGAUUUCGCAAACUCCCUUCGAAUGCACCUCACUCAGUCGACUGUCCGGCGGCACAGCCAAUUUCGUCUACCGGGGCGUACUUACUUCAUCCGGGGAUUCCAUCAUCGUCAAGCAUUCUAAAGACCAUGUUGCUUCUAAUCCAACGUUCAAAAUUGAUAUAAAGCGAUGUCACUUCGAAGAAGCCAUUCUGCAAGCACUGGAUGGCUUUCAGUCCCAUGGAGAGAAAGGCCUCAACGUCAAAACACCCCGCGUGCUUUACUUUAACAAGAAAACCAACACACAGAUCAUUGAUGAUUUACCUCAAGCGCUCAAUCUAAAGGACUUUUUUCUUUCGGAUUCACUCGAAAGCGCGUCAGAGUCCGCAUGCCAUGAAAUUGGGUCAUCACUUGGAGUGUGGCUACAAUUAUUUCAUAAAUGGGGCAAUAAGCCCGAACAGGCGGAGAUCAGAUCCUUAAUCACUCAAAAUAUUGCGAUGAAGCAAUUGAAAUUCUAUAUCAAUUACGCUAUGCUGGUGGACACUAUCGCGACGUUUCCAGAUAUUCUGGAAGGGAGCCGUGGGACUUUCGAAGAAUUGAGAGAUUUCGCGACCGAAGAAAUGAAAAAGAGUGACAAAGAUUCCAAUAUUGGAAUUAUUCAUGGUGAUUUCUGGACUGGAAAUGUUCUUAUUCCAAAUGCUCCACUUGCUGAAUUACCUGCCACUACCCUGUUUGUGAUUGACUGGGAGCUUUGUCAAAUCGGGCCCCGUGCCUUAGAUCUCGCACAGAUGAUUGCCGAGCUCUACGAGUUGAAGCUGUUCAAGAAUGUUGAUUAUGGAUUGUGGGUCAUCAAAGGGUUCAUGGCGGGCUAUGGGCCUCUUACCAAUGAGAAGGCUUUUAGAACGGCGAUUCACGUUGGGGUCCACCUUGCUGUUUGGGGGAGUCGAGUUCAAGGAUGGGGCACCCUGGAACAGGUUACAGAAGUUGUCAAAGUGGGAAAAGAUAUUAUUGUGCAGGGGUGGAACAAGAACAAGAAAUGGUUUGAGGAUGGCGAUUUAGGAUGUCUUUUUUCUGAAUAG